CCACUCCUUCCCUUAUCUUCUGAAUCCCCUACUCUGGACUCCAGUCGGUGAAAUUCUUCGUCUCUCUCCCAUUUUUUCCCUGUCAACUUCCGCCAUCCUUUUUCCUCUUCCCGAGAGCCACUGGCUCCGCUUAAGCGACGGCUUGUGACUCGGAGUGCACGAGGAGGGGAUCGACACUGAGUUACGGUGAUGGAGAGCACCCCUUCCAGGGGUGGACUGAAUCGAGUACACCUACAAUGCAGGAAUUUGCAGGAAUUCCUAGGAGGCCUGAGCCCUGGAGUAUUAGAUCGAUUGUAUGGGCACCCUGCCACAUGCCUGGCUGUCUUCAGGGAGCUCCCAUCUUUGGCUAAGAACUGGGUGAUGCGGAUGCUCUUUCUGGAGCAGCCUUUGCCACAAGCUGCUGUAGCCCUGUGGGUGAAGAAGGAAUUCAGCAAAGCUCAGGAGGAAAGCACGGGGUUGCUGAGCGGCCUCCGUAUCUGGCACACCCAGCUGCUCCCUGGUGGUCUCCAGGGCCUCAUCCUCAACCCCAUCUUCCGCCAAAACCUCCGCAUUGCCCUUCUGGGUGGGGGCAAGGCCUGGUCUGAUGACACAAGUCAGCUGGGACCAGACAAGCAUGCCCGGGACGUCCCCUCACUUGACAAGUACGCCGAGGAGCGAUGGGAGGUGGUCCUUCACUUCAUGGUGGGAUCCCCCAGCGCAGCCGUCAGCCAGGACUUGGCUCAGCUCCUCAGCCAGGCUGGGCUCAUGAAGAGUGCUGAACCUGGAGAGCCGCCCUGCAUUACCUCUGCUGGCUUCCAGUUCCUGUUGCUGGACACUCCAGCCCAGCUCUGGUACUUUAUGUUGCAGUAUCUGCAGACAGCCCAGAGUCGGGGCAUGGACCUAGUGGAGAUUCUCUCCUUCCUUUUCCAGCUUAGCUUCUCCACUCUAGGCAAGGAUUACUCUGUGGAAGGUAUGAGUGAUUCUCUGUUGAACUUCCUGCAACAUCUGCGUGAGUUUGGGCUUGUUUUCCAGAGGAAGAGGAAAUCUCGGCGUUACUACCCCACACGCCUGGCCAUCAAUCUCUCGUCAGGUGUUUCUGGGGCCGGGGGCACCGCACAUCAGCCAGGCUUCAUUGUUGUGGAAACCAAUUACCGACUGUAUGCCUACACGGAGUCAGAGCUGCAGAUCGCCCUCAUUGCCCUUUUCUCUGAGAUGCUCUAUCGCUUUCCCAACAUGGUGGUGGCACAGGUGACCCGGGAGAGUGUGCAGCAGGCCAUUGCCAGUGGCAUCACAGCCCAGCAGAUCAUCCAUUUCCUAAGGACAAGGGCCCACCCAGUGAUGCUUAAACAGACACCAGUGCUGCCUCCCACCAUCACGGACCAGAUUCGGCUCUGGGAGCUGGAAAGGGACAGGCUCCGGUUCACCGAAGGCGUCCUGUAUAACCAGUUCCUGUCACAAGUGGACUUUGAGCUGCUGCUGGCCCACGCGCGGGAGCUGGGCGUCCUGGUGUUCGAGAACUCGGCCAAGCGGCUCAUGGUGGUGACCCCGGCCGGGCACAGCGACGUCAAGCGCUUCUGGAAGCGGCAGAAGCACAACUCCUGAGAGUGCGGGACUGGACCUGGGCGGGGCGCACCCGGGAAGGCGGGCUGCGUGGGCUGGCGCAGCCUCAGAACUCAGGUGUUUUUUUUUUAAUUCACACGUCAGGACUCUUCUAGUUUAAUAAAAUUGUGAAAGUGAACCACACGA